AUGCAAGAAAAAAGUUUAAUGAACCUUGUUUGUGAUUCUGUUGCUGUCGCUUUUUGUCAGUCACAAAUGUCAGAAAUGUUAAUGAAAGUGGACAAAAAAAAGAAGUUAAAACUUAAAAGUUCCAACAAUCUGACAUCUGAAGGCAUCUGUUUUGAUCAGCUGAACGCUAUGGCCAUCGGUGAAAUCAAGAAUUCAACUUAA